AUGGCCGGAGAUGUUGCUAUGGAUGAUGACUUGCUUGGGCGUGAGGAGGAGACGAGAGUAAUAACGGAACGGAACGGCGAAAGUCAGCGGGAUGAGAUUGCUUUGCGCCGAAUGGGAGAAGGGAAGCAGGUGACGCGGCGCGACGAUGGAGGGUUUUUGGCUGGGAGGACAGUCCGAAACAGUGAGGUGUUGCCUGUGGAGGGUGUACAGCGCGAAAGAGGAGGAGGGGGUAAUAGCGGUGGGGUUUGUUGGCCAAGUGCGCUGAAUGGUGUGGAUGGCAGAAUUGCAUGCGAAAUAGGGGCGGUUCGGAUGGGAGGGGGACGACCAGUAGGGGGCAGCGAGGGAGGGAGAAGGGGGAGCAGUACGGCAGCCGGGGGUGGGGGUGGGUGUGGCGGAGUUGACGGAUCGGUGGGAGGAUUGGACACUACUGGAGGAGGAGGGUGCGGUGUUUAUGCCGGGAGGGGAGGAUGA